CUUUUCACAGAAUCCCCUGGGUGAUCUCAGGUUAUAAAACCCCGUUCUAUGUCACUUCCGCGAGAUAUUCGCGCUUUUCUCUCUCAUUACCACGGUCAAACGGAUGACCCCCAAGCUCUACAAAAUCUGCUAUUUUACAAAAAUCAACUGCGCUGCCAGCCAGAUGAUCUUUUGAUCAGCGAGAUCCACCAAAGCUGGCGCAAGGAUUAUAUCCAACUGGAGCACAAUCAUGGUUACAUUCAAUGGCUCUUCCCCAUCCGGGAGAAUGGCAUGAAUUUCGAGGCCCAAGCUCUGCAGUCACACGAGGUUGCGGCAAUGAAGGAAGAUCCUCGUGUCAUUGAACGUAUCAAGGCGUCUUAUGAGUUGAUGUUGGACUUCUACGGCAUGUCCCUGCUGGACUUCGAGACUGGUCUCGUUGGACGCUCAGAAGGCUACAGAGCUCGAUACAGAAACUUCUUGCAAGCUCCUCACAACAACCUUCGCAUCACUCGGAUUUUCAAGUGUCUAUCGGAAAUGGGCAUGGAGCAUCUCAACGCCGGGUUCCUCCUACAUGUCCUCAAUGAACAGAGCGAACAUAACCAGUUAAAUACCGGUCUGCUCCGGGACAGCAUGGAUAGGUGGUGGGCUAACUGCUUGAGGAAUGAAGCAGAUCGGAAGUGGAUCGGACUUACAAUCAAGAAGGCGAGAAACGGCGAGAAUUUCAAUAGGGAGCAAUACGAAUCUAGUCUGCAGAGGCGAAAGGAAUCGGGAUCUCUCGCAGAACCACAAUGUGCCGAUGCGUAGCAGCUGCAGGUACUUGGCUACUUUUGCACUGGGCAGAAUGACACGAGUGUUUUCAGACUGGGGCAGGCA